AUGGAACGUUGGGCCGGUAAGAUUGCUGUGGUAACCGGAGCGAGCUCCGGAAUCGGUGCAGCCACCAGUAAAGCCCUACUACAGGCUGGAAUGGUGGUCAUUGGAAUGGCUCGCCGUAUUGAACGCGUAGAACAGCUGAAAAGUGAGUUACCAGAAAUGGACCAGCAACGUUUACAUUCGAUUAGGUGUGAUAUUUCCAACGAGGAAGACAUACUGAAUGCAUUUCGAUGGAUCGAAGCCAAAUUUGGAGGCGUAGAUGUGCUGGUGAGUAAUGCCGGUGUUUAUCACUAUAAACUAAAAUUGGUUGAUGAAGGAAACACGACUCGAUUGCGAGAAGUAUUGGAUACGAAUGUUUUGGGACUUGUCAUGUGCACACGGGAAGCAUUCAAUUCAAUAAAGAAAAGGGCUGCGAGUGGUCACGUGAUAAAUAUCAACAGCAUUGCUGGUCAUCGAGUUUAUCCGGGAAUGAACAUCUACGGUGCGUCCAAGUUUGCGGUUACGGCCAUCACAGAGACGUUACGACAAGAGUUUCAGGCCGAAAAUACCAAGGUUAAAAUUACAAGCAUUAGUCCCGGAGCUGUUCAAACCGAAAUGCUGCCAAAGGAGCGACUCGCGCUAGGAGUACCCGUGCUUAAAGCAGGAGACGUCGCUGAUGCUGUACUCUAUGUUUUAGCAACACCACCCCGAGUACAGGUUCAUGAGCUCACAAUUCAAGCGGUUGGAUAG